GACAGCCCACCACCACCUGUAGGUCAUGCGCUUGUGUCGCAGCAGCGCAGAUUUAUUGGUAUUCUUAAAGCGUAGCGACAAAGUGAGGACGCAAACAUGAGCCAUCUCUGCGCUGGACGCAAUUCUGGACAUACGUGUAUGUUUCUUUUACCAGACAUGUCCGGUAUGAGUUCGAUGAACUGGUGUUACACUGCUAUACGAUACUGGAGUGUAACAAAUCGCUCUUACAACCGACGGAUUGCAUGCUGAAGGCGAUGCUGGGGGCGAAAAUGGUGGCGAGUUAAGUUCGUGUUAAAUCUGUGAACGCAGACGCAGGAGUUCAGUUUUGACUGUGAAGUUUUGGCACCACUGAUGUGACUGGAAGUGCCGACAAGUUGAUGGGAUUUUAACAUUUUGGGCAACUUCAAGGAAGAUAUGAGUGCUCUCCUCCCUGCUCUCAGCUCUCUCCUGCUCCUGUUCUGCUGCCACAUCUGCCUUAGCCAAGCAAAUCGUCCUGCUGCUCCUGUCAAUGUCUCUGUCAGUCACCUGAGAGCAAACUCAGCCACCGUAUCCUGGAAUGUCCAAGAGGGGGAGGCUGUAAUUGGCUACGCCAUCUCCCAGCAGAGACAAGAUGGCCUUAUGCAGCGCUUCAUCAGGGAAAUUAACACCACCAGUCGUGCUUGUGUGCUAUGGGACCUAGAUGAAAACACAGACUAUAUUAUUCAGGUGCAAUCUAUCGGGCUGCAUGGGGAGAGCCAAGCCAGCAAGAGGGUUCAUUUUCGAACCCUUGAAAAAUCAGACCACUUCCAGUCUAACAUGGUGGCUCAAGGUGACCCCUCAGUAGAAGGUCUUGAUAUUUCCAGGCACCUUCAGACCGGAGAGAUGUUAAUCAUUACGACUGUGCUACUAAUGUGGGCAGCGGUGAUUGCUCUCUUCUGUAGGCAGUACGAGAUCAUCAAAGACAAUGACUCAAACAACCACAGUAAGGAGAAAACCAAACCCCUCUCUGUGCACAGCACUCCUGAUUACCAUAAUGGAGGGCUUCUAGGGAAUAAGAGGACACCAUCAGCAGUUAGCAUCAUUAAGGUCUGACCAGCACAUCGAUGCAGGAACUGGUCGAUCUGCUCCUAGAGAGAUCCACUAACUCAUUGUUCAAUAGUAAUAACAUCCAGCUCUGUGUAAUACACUGUAUUUCUGUACUACAUUACAGUAUGAAAUAAGCAGUAGGACAAUGUAAAUGUAGUAGCAUAGCAGUAGAAGAAGAUUGAUACAAAUUAAACAUCAAUUACAAUUUGUUUAAUCAUGAUUAACAGGUUUAAUUUAUCAGUGAAAGAGGCAUAACAUAAUCAGUGUUAUGUCCUGGAAUAAAUAUUAAAUAUUGAAAUCUGUUCAUAAUGAACAAAUAUAAAUUGUCUUUACUUCUGCUACCUAUCCUCUAUGCAUAUAAAAAAUAUGAAACCUGCAGUUAGUAGUAACUUUAAUUGUGCAGAAAUGAACUUAUUUCCAUAGCAUCCCGAAUAGGUUAAAAUAAGAUACAAUUUUAUUAUCUUUACCAAAAAAAAGCUAUUGACAUGUUACACUUUUACUACACUUCUGCACUGCCAACAAAAAUACCUUAAAAAAUAUAUUUCUCACAUAGUAUUACCUACUACUUGAUAUACAGUAUGACAACUUUAUAACACGUCUGCUACGGCAAUCUCCAGGUUUAUAGAUAUAACUUGAGCUCAGUCUUGGACGAGAAUAAAUCUAGAAAGCCCACCUCUUAAUGUUUAGCUGCACUGAAAAAUAGCAUUGUAUUUCUGUUCUUUUGGGAGGUAGUGUGUAACCAUAGUCCUACAUUAUAUUACAAAAUGUGUUGUAUCUAAUGAACAUAUGGACAACACAUUAGAGACGCUGUUUUGAUAGUAUAUGUUUGACAGUUGGAAAAUAACGUUACAGUUGGCAUUUUGAGAAUGUUAUUGAUAGAGGAAUAUAGUAGAAUCAUGUUUAAACUGUUACAGUAGGGCACUAAGUCAGGAUGCUUUCAUUAUCCCAUAACAUACAGCAUUAUAAUACAUAAGAGAAUUCAAUCAACUGUUGGCAUAAACAUUUAUAAUUUUAUAUCUACAUAGUAGCCGACAUUACUGCAAAUGUGUCAAAUUUGGAUUACAUUAAAAAAAAAAAACAACUAUCAACUCUGAACUCUGCUUGCCUGUUUGACUGUACUCUGAAUAAAAUACAAA